AUGGUCGUGGACGUGGACAUGGACGUGGACGUGGACGUGGACGUAGACUUGGACGUGGACGUGGACCGUGGACGUAGACGUGGACGUGGACAUGGACGUGGACGUGGUCGUGGACGUGGUCGUGGUCGUGGUCGUGGACGUGGACGUGGACGUGGACGUGGACUGGUCUUGGACGUGGACGUGGGCGUGGACGUGGACGUGGACGUGGACGUGGACGUGGACAUGGUCGUGGACGUGGGCGUGGACGUGGACGUGGACAUGGUCGUGGACGUGGACGUGGACGUGGACGUGGUCGUGGACAUGGACGUGGACGUGGAAGUGGGCGUGGACGUGGACGUGGACGUGGAUGUGGACCUGGUCGUGGACGUGGACGUGGACGUGGACGUGGACAUGGACGUGGACAUGGACGUGGACGUGGACGUGGACGUUGACGUGGACGUGGAUGUGGUCGUGGUCGUGGACGUGGACGUGGACGUGGACGUGGACUUGGACGUGGACCUGGUCGUGGACGUGGACGUGGACGUGGACGUGGACGUGGACGUCGACGUGGACGUGGACCUGGUCGUGGACGUGGACGUGGACGUCGACGUGGACGUGGACAUGGUGGAGGUGGACAUGGAUGUGGACGUAGACGUGGACAUGGACGUAGACGUGGACGUGAACGUGGACGUGGACGUGGUCGUGGACGUGGACGUGGACGUGGACGUGGACGUGGAGGUGGACGUGGAGGUGGACGUGGAGGUGGACGUGGAGGUGGACGUGGAGGUGGACGUGGAGGUGGACGUGGACGUGGAGGUGGAGGUGGACGUGGACGUGGAGGUGGACGUGGACGUGGACGUGGACGUGGACGUGGACGUGGACGUGGACAUGGUCGUGGACGUGGACGUCGACGUCGACGUGGACGUGGACGUGGACCUGGUCGUGGACGUGGACGUGGACGUCGACGUGGACGUGGUCGUGGACGUGGACGUGGACGUGGACGUGGACUUGGACGUGGACCUGGUCGUGGACGUGGACGUGGACAUGGUCGUGGACGUGGACGUGGACGUGGACGUGGACGUGGACAUGGUCGUGGACGUGGACGUGGACGUGGACGUGGACGUGGACCUUGACGUGGACGUCGACGUGGACGUGGACCUGGUCGUGGACGUGGACGUGGACGUCGACGUGGACGUGGACAUGGUCGUGUGGACGUGGACACGUGGACGUGGACGUGAACGUGGACGUGGACGUGGACGCGUGGACGUGGACGUGGACGUGGACGUGGACAUGGACGUGGUCGUGGACGUGGACGUGGUCGUGGUCGUGGACAUGGACGUGGACGUGGACGUGGACGUGGACGUGGACGUACACGUGGACGUGGACGUGGACGUGGACGUGGACGUGGACGUGGUCGUGGACCUGGACGUGGACGUGGACGUGGACGUGGUCGUGGAGGUGGACGUGGAGGUGGACGUGGACGUGGACGUAGACGUGGACGUGGACGUGGACCUGGACGUGGACGUGGACGUGGACUUGGACGUGGACGUGGACGUGGACGUGGACGUGGACUUGGACGUGGACGUGGACGUGGACGUGGACAUGGACGUGGACGUGGACGUGGACGUGGACGUGGUCGUGGAGGUGGACGUGGACGUGGACGUGGACGUGGACGUGGACGUGGACUUGGACGUGGACGUGGACGUGGAUGUGGACGUGGACAUGGACGUGGACGUGGACGUGGACGUGGACUUGGACGUGGACAUGGACGUGGACGUGGACGUGGACGUGGACGUGGACGUGAACGUGGAGGUGGACGUGGACGUAGACAUAGACGUGGUCGUGGACGUGGACGUGGACGUGGUCGUGGACGUGGACGUGGAGGUGGACGUGGUCGUGGACGUGGACGUGGACGUGGACGUGGACGUGGACGUGGACGUGGACGUGGACAUGGACAUGGACGUGGACGUGGACGUGGACGUGGACGUGGACGUGGACGUGGACGUGGACGUGGUCGUGGUCGUGGACGUAGACGUGGACGUGGACUUGGACGUGGACGUGGACGUGGACGUGGACGUGGAGGUGGACGUGGACGUGGACAUAGACGUGGUCGUGGACGUGGACGUGGACGUGGACGUGGACGUGGACAUGGACGUGAACGUGGACGUGGUCGUGGACGUGGACGUGGACGUGGACGUGGACGUGGAGGUGGACGUGGACGUGGACAUAGACGUGGUCGUGGACUUGGACGUGGACGUGGUCGUGGACGUGGACAUGGACUUGGACGUGGACGUGGACGUGGACGUGGACAUGGACGUGGACGUGGACGUGGACGUGGACGUACACGUGGACGUGGACGUGGACGUGGACGUACACGUGGACAUGGACGUGGACAUGGACGUGGACGUGGACGAGGACGUGGACGUGGAGGACGUGGACGUGGACGUGGACGUGGAGGACGUGGACGUGGACGUGGAGGACGUGGACGUGGACGUGGACGUGGACGUGGACGUGGACAUGGACGUGGACGUGGACGUGGACGUGGUCGUGGACGUGGACGUGGACGUGGACGUGGACGUGGACAUGGAUGUGGACGUAUACGUGGACGUGGACGUGGACGUGGACGUGGACGUGGACCUGGACGUGGACGUGGACGUGGACGUGAACGUGGACGUGGACCUGGACGUGGACGUGGACGUGGACGUGGACGUGGUCGUGGAGGUGGACGUGGACGUGGACGUGGAUGUGGACUUGGACGUGGACCUGGACGUGGACGUGGACGUGGACGUGGACUUGGACGUGGACGUGGACGUGGACGUGGACGUGGACGUGGACGUGGACCUGGUCGUGGAGGUGGACCUGGUCGUGGACGUGGACCUGGACGUGGACGUGGACGUGGACGUGGACGUGGACCUGGACGUGGACGUGGACGUGGACACGUGGACGUGGACGUGGACGUGGACACGUGGACGUGGACGUGGACGUGGACUUGGACGUGGACGUGGACGUGGACGUGGACGUGGACUUGGACGUGGACGUGGACUUGGACGUGGACAUGGACGUGGACGUGGACGUGGACGUGGACGUGGACGUGAACGUGGAGGUGGACGUGGACGUGGACGUGGACGUGGACGUGGACGUGGACGUGGAGGUGGACGUGGACGUGGUCGUGGACGUGGACGUGGACGUGGACGUGGACGUGGACAUGGACGUGGACGUGGACGUGGACGUACACGUGGACGUGGACGUGGACGUGGACGUACACGUGGACGUGGACGUGGACAUGGACGUGGACGUGGACGAGGACGUGGACGUGGAGGACGUGGACGUGGACGUGGACGUGGACGUGGAGGACGUGGACGUGGACGUGGAGGACGUGGACGUGGACGUGGACGUGGACGUGGACGCGUGGACAUGGACGUGGACGUGGACGUGGACGUGGACGUGGACGUGGACAUGGACGUGGACGUGGACGUGGUCGUGGACGUGGACGUGGACGUGGACGUGGACAUACACGUGGACGUACACGUGGACGUGGACGUGGACGUGGACGUGGACCUGGACGUGGACGUGGACGUGGACGUGGACGUGGACGUGGACGUGGACGUGGACGUGGACCUGGACGUGGACGUGGACGUGGACGUGGACGUGGUCGUGGAGGUGGACGUGGACGUGGACGUGGACGUGGACGUGGUCGUGGACGUGGACGUGGACGUGGACGUGGACGACGAGGACGUGGACGUGGUUGUAGACGUGGACGUGGACGAGGACGUGGACGUGGACGUGGUUGUGGACGUGGACGUGGAGGACGUGGACGUGGACGUGGACGUGGAGGACGUGGACGUGGACCUGGACGUGGAGGACGUGGACGUGGACGUGGACGUGGACGCGUGA